AGAAUAAAAGUUGCUCAGCUUUCUAUCAACUCAAGAACAUGAGAUGCUGCACUGAAUAGUCUCUCUUUCUGUGCUGGUGCAAUCCGCUCAAGCAAUGGAAAGCGAUUUAUUUAUUUAUUUUUUGUUUUUGUUUUUUUUCAUAUGCCAGUAGUCAAGAGGAUUGUCGCGUUCGCAAUAUGAGUGUGACGCGAUCGACUGUGUUCCGCAACUGCUUUUGGGUCCUUGAAUAACGUAUAACACGCGUGGAAGGGCACCCGGUGGACUUUCUGCUGCCCUCCUAGGGAGUUGGUGCCCAACGCACACUGCGUAGUAUGCGUAUAGGUUGCGGCGGUACUGCUUUUAUUAUUAUAUAGAAUUUCCACACCGCUGACAUCGGCCUUUGCUUGGUAGCGCCGUGAUUAUAAUUUGAUCAAUCGAGAGUGAAACCUGCGCACUGAGGGGCAGGGAGGCAUAUAUAUCGGCUCAUAUUUUCGGUCUUUUUUUUUCUCUUUCGGCCAAAACAAAAAAAAAAAUCUAUUUUUGGUGGCUGAAAUUUCGGUGCAUCCCUAAAAUAUAUAUAUAUAUAUAUAUAUAUAUAUAUGUUUUUGCAGAAUCUCAUCUUCGUAGGUACAUACAGUGUAAGUAAAUGGUGACCAGGGUAGGGUUGCACCAGCUGUGCGUAAGGUCUCACGUAAGUUGGGAUGUAAAUUUCACACUAAGGGCUUAGUAACUACUAGUUAGUUUGUAACUAAGUCAGUGCUUAAUUUGGUUGCACCACCUGUUCUUAAGGCAAUAGUUAACUAGUAGAUCGUAAGCUCUUCGUAAUGCGUAGUUGCAUAUUAUGAUGUUUACCUGUGGUGAUCCAAUACACAGCCUUCAAAUUUGUACACAGAACUGUUAAAAAGCCGUACAUUUAAAUUUAUCAUAUGGUUGAUGUUCAAACCUUGUUUGCUCACGUAACUGUAAUAAAUUAUAUCCCCAUUGAAAUACGAUACGUAAUAAAACACGAUUUAUUUAAUGAUAUAGGCUAUUUAUCUUAUGUAAAUAGCAAUUUUCAAUAACUGUCUAAAAUAAAUAAGGGGUGAAAUAAAUACUAAUACAACAGGCUGGAAAAAUAGACAUUUAUAAAUUUCCUAUAUAUAUUUUGAAUGUGUUGAAAAUUGACACAGCACACACCCUGAAAACGGCACCAUUAGAUUGGUUUCAUGCCGAAGAGCCGCUUAAAUGUCUUUUUUUUUUUUUCCUCUCUUUUGUAAACGAGUGUAAAUGUCAACAUCAUACUGUAUUUUCGAAUUGAUUGAUGCCUGUCACGCAAAACAUGAGCUCAUUGAUGUCAUAAAAUAUCAGUCUUUAUUAUUCUAUCCAUUAUUCCUGGUCGGAGGCUGCCAUAAAUGUUUAGUUUAUACAUGGGGUUACGUUCUACCUAAGUUUAAUGGUGCAAUGCUCACAUAUUUUGUUGUGCGUAAAUUGUGACUUUGCACAUUUAUGCCACAACUUGGCUAAGUUGUAACGCACAUACACACAGGUGCAACCAGCCCCCGGAACUUUAAAACUUUCAAAAGGUACAUUAAGUUUGUAGAAAAUAAAUCCAUAUGACUCCAGCGGUAAAAUCCAUAUCUUCAGAAGUAAUAUAAUAGGUGUGCUUGAGAAACAGAUAAAUAUGUAAGAAUUUGAAUCAUCAAAAGAACUUGAGACGACGAAUGUGAAAGUAAAGAUUUUUGGAAAAUAGGACUUACUCUGUUUCUCACCCCAUGCUUCACAUAUCGUUCUGAAGACAUGGAUUUAACAACUGAAGUAAUAUGGAUUACUUUUAUGCUGCCUUUGUUAUAUGGAGCUUCAAAGUUUUUGGUCACAAUUCACUUGUAUGGACACUCAAAUAUAUAUUUUUUUGAAUUCUCUGUUUUCUGCAAAAACGAAAGCCAGACACAUCUGGGAUGGCAUUAGGGUGAGUAAAUGAUGAGUUUUCAUUUUUGGGGGAGUAUCCCUUUUAGCAAGCCAUUUCCACCUCUGGUUGUUUGACCAAUGGCAGACAGGGUUAGUGCUUUGGGAAGCUUUUUGAAAACAAUGAUUAUUGCUGCAAUUCCUUGCGUCUAUUUUAGUGGCACAGAAAUUACUUCGGCUUUAUGCAUACGAUAUAGGCUCCUAUUUAGUUAUUAUCUUGGCUUCAACAUACAUUUUAUGAAGUCUUGCUGCAAAUAUAUUCAAUGAUGUACAUUUGCACAUUUACUAAAUUAACCAGAUAUAUCUUUUUUUCGAUGUUCACCAAUGGUGCAAGUUUGUGGCGGGACUAUCUGUUUGUACAGCCAAUGGAAGAUGAGGGGAGAUAUCUGAAAUCUGUUUGAAAACUGAUUACUUUUGCAAUUCCGCUUAGUGACGCAGAAGUUAAUUACAUACUUCUGCUUUGACAAAAACUGAACCAAUAUGAGCUUAACUAACAUCUUUCUUUUUAAUAUGUAGAAGAGAUGUUUCAGCUUCCAGUGAAUAACCUCACUCGGUUGAGGAAGGCCAGGAAGAAAGUCAAGAGACUGCUGAGUGAUAUUGGCCUUGACUACUGCAAAGAGCAUGUAGAGGAUCUCAAAGAGUUUGGCCCCAGUGAUUCUUACAUGAAUCAAGGCUACCUUGAUGUUUGUUUUUGGGAUCCAUCCUGGACAAAGGCACAGGACUACAGGACGAAGCAGUUUUGCUGCUCCGAUUGCCCAUUUGCCUCAAAGUAUUUCUCUGCCUACAAAAACCACUUCCGCAAUGUUCACAGAGAAGACUUUGAGAGCCGAAUCCUCCUCAACUGCUCCUAUUGCACAUACAGUGGGAACAAGAGGACUCUGGAAACCCAUGUCAGGCUCUUUCAUAUGCCUAACAAUAUGGGUCGACAGGGUGCUGUCGGUCCUCACGGAGCCCAAGCGGGGAUUAAGGAUGGCAUGCGCAUAGACAAGCCUUUGCCAGGCGAUCGAAAGGAGCUACCGGUGUAUUACUGCAAGAAGUGCACCUAUCGAGAUAGACUGUACAAUGUGGUACGCAGGCACAUCUACAGGGAACACUUCCAGCAUGUGACCACACCAUAUCUUGGAAAAAACUCAGAGAAGCAAGAAAACAGUGUCGAGUCACCUGGUAACAGUCAUGGAAUCCACUGCAAGAGCUGCCACUUUUCGCCCCGUUCGUAUGAAGCACUGGUGCAGCAUGUUAUUGAGUUCCAUGAACGCAUUGGCCAUCAAGUCACUGCUAUGAUUGGACACACCAACGUCAUAGUGACGAGGCCCCAGGCGAACAUAAUUCAGAGGGGUGUUACAAUCACUCCUGGUGUGCGUCCUCAGACACCUCAAAUUAAUCGCUUCAGUAUGCCCAAAAUGGCAGGGUUACCUGUAGGCAACCAUUUCAAGCCAAGUGUUGCAGGCAACUCUCUGCUUAGUCAGCCAGUGCGCAUUACACUACCUGAUAACGCUUUUAUGUCUGGUGCCGUCUCACAGUCACAUGCAGGAAAACCCCUGAGUGGCUGCGGCGUGCAUGGUGCUACACAUCUUAAUGCUCAGUCGGCUUCUUUCUCACCCUCACUGAAGAGCCUACCUCUCUCUUCAUCAGUGCAUUCUGCUACUGCCACUUUGACCUCAUUGCAGGGUAAGAAAGCCUCAGCCAAUGCUCUGAACACCGCACAAACACAGAAGUGGAAAAUUUGCACCAUCUGCAAUGAACUUUUUCCUGAGAAUGCAUAUAGUGCUCACUUCGAAAAAGAGCAUCAGGCAGAAAAGGUGAGAGCUAUGGCGAAAUAUAUCAUGAAGAUCCACAACUUUACUAGCAAGUGUUUGUAUUGUAACCGUUACCUUCCCAGCGACUCUUUGUUGAACCAUAUGCUUGUGCAUGGGUUAUCAUGCCCACAAUGUCAUUCCACAUUUCAUGAAGUCGAGAAAAUUGUAGCACAUAAGCGGCUGGCACACCCUAACGAGGCAUGGGAUGCUCCCACUGGCUCUCCUCUGACGUUUGAUCUUACACUUCAACAAGGAAGUCCCAAAAAUGUUCAGCUUAUUGUAAUCACCUACAACAUGAAGGAGACACCGGAAGCAUCUUCAGCUGCUCAGCCACAAAACAGUGCUGUGGCUAGGUCCACAAAGCCAGCUGCAAAGGCGCCAGAGAACCAAAGUGAUUCUCUUGGCCGAAACAUGUCCCAUUCUUCAGUGUCCCAGAAGAAAGAAGUUGGUAAAACGCUCUGCCCUCUAUGCUUUUCUAUUCUCAAAGGUCCCAUCUCGGAUGCCCUUGCCCACCAUUUACGAGACUGCCAUCAAGUACUUCAAACGUUGCACCCUGUGGAGAAAAAGCUAACAUACAAGUGCAUACACUGCCUGGGUGUAUAUACUAGCAACAUGACGGCUUCCACUAUCACGCUUCAUUUGGUCCACUGCAGAGGUGUUUGCCAGUCACCGAAAGGUCAGAACAGCAAGUCUAUCUCAACUGCUUUGCGCACACCUGGAGCUGGGUCUCUCAAGCGCGACUUUGUUGCCUCAGAUGCAUCUGACCCCAAGAGGAGGAAAAUGGCAGACCAGUCUAGGUAUUACCAGACAGGUUUUGUUGAGAAGCCAGAGGAGCCUGUUGUGUUGGCCUUGGAUCCAAAAGGUCAUGCCGAUGGGUCUUACGAGGCACGAAAAUCUUUCCUUACAGCUUAUUUUAAUCGGCAUCCCUACCCUUCCCAACGGGAGGUUGAGAAACUUGCUGCAAGUCUCUGGUUAUGGAAGUCUGACGUCUCAAGCCAUUUCGCUAACCAUAGGCGCUCAUGUGAACGGGAUUUAAUCACCCGCAAACCUGCUAUAUUACUAGGCUUUAACAUGAAGACAGUGUGCCAGCUCAAGCAUGACAUGAACUUUGAUGACAAGUGGCUGUUCGACGUUAACAAUGAAGAAAACAGCGGAUUCUCGAGGACCUCAACAUUUAGGCCGAAGGCUCCUGUUGGUUUCUGUGCAGAUGAUGGUGCUAGAGCUAUGCGAUUCAAGGAGGAUAAGCUGACUUUAAACACUGGACAAAGUAGUCAAAUCAACUGUGCCUUCAAGCCAUGCCCUGGAUCAUCCUCAGAACCUAUUGCCAUUGAUUCUGACAGUGAUUCAGAGCCAGAAGUGAUGUCAAAUGAAAAUAUGAAACUGAAUCAACAAGCUGCAGCUUGUAUGCCUUCCACAAAAGGAACAGUGCUGCAAGAGAGCUUCCAUUAUGAAGGUGAUGUGAGGGGUAGUGGAAAUUCUCCCAGAGAUGGGGCCAAAAGUCUAGAUGGCUCUGUUUCUGGCUCCAGUCCUGAAGAGGCAACCUGGUCAGGCAGCUUGUCUCCUGAAGAGAGCCACUACAGACCAGCAGGACGUUUUGAAGUGAAGGGGAAAAAGGUGGGGUUGCUUGGUAGAUGAUGAUGCUUAUGGUGACAAUCCCCGCUUCUAGAACUCUCCGUGCCCAGAUUUGAGGUCAUUGCCUCAUAUUUGGUUGACAUCAAACAUUACCAUAUGAACUUGAACUGAAAGUCUUGGAUAGCCAGAUGGGUUACACAUUUUGAACUUAAAGUACUGUUUACUUGCAAACAAUUCUGCUGUCAAAGAGCGGAAAAACUAAUAUACUGUAUGAUUUUUUUUCUUCUUCAACCAAUCCAUAGUCCUUGGUGAUUCCUCCACCUUUUUUUACCGUUCUCUGUAUUUAAUCAUACACUUGUUGGAAUUGUAACAAAAUUGAUAGGUUUAUUGUUUUUUCUUGAUCAAAUAAAA